AUGGCUUCCUUGACCCGGUCUCUCGCUCGUACUACUUUCAAGGCUCCACGGAUUCUCGGGGCUACGUCUUCACUCCAAGCACGUACAGUGUUUAGCACCCCAUCUGGUCCGGAGAAGCGAACGGCGAUCGUUACAGGCUCAGCUCGUGGCAUUGGCAAGGCUAUUGCCCUUCGUUUGGCAGAGGACGGCUACGACAUCUGCAUAAAUGAUAUUCCAGCCAAUGAACAAGGUGCCCGUGAGGUCUCCAAGCAGAUUCAAGAUCUAGGCCGGAAGUCCACCGUCGCCAUUGCUGAUGUCAGCAACUAUGGUCAAGUCGAAAGCAUGAUUCAGCAUAGUGUGAAGGAGCUUGGCGAGCUCAAUACAAUGGUGGCAAACGCAGGGAUCGCGCAAGUCAAAGCACUUCUCGACCUGACCAAUGAGGAUUUCGAGAGAAUGUUCCAAGUCAAUGUCUUUGGAGUGAACAAUUGCUACAAAGCUGCCGCCAAGCAGAUCAUCUCGCAAGGUAAUGCUAAGCACGACAGACCAGCAAAGAUCCUUGGCGCGGCCUCUAUUGUAGCAUUCAAGCCGUUCGCUCUUCUAUCUCACUACAGCGCCAGCAAGUGGGCCGUUCGUGGCCUUACGCAAGCAUAUGCGAUGGAGAUGGCCGAGCACAACAUUACGGUCAAUGCCUAUGCUCCCGGAAUUGUUGGCACCGCAAUGUGGGACCUGAUUGACGAAGAGCUCGGCAAGAAGAAGGGCGUCAAGAAAGGCGACACGAUUGCCAAAUACAGUGGCGAGUUGAUUGCGUUGGGCAGGGUGUCCGUUCCCGAAGACGUGGCCAAACUUGUGAGCUUCCUGAGCAGUCACGACUCCGACUACAUUACGGGCCAGACACAGGUAGUGGACGGUGGGAUCAUUAUGACUUGA